GAGCGAGCACCAUGCCCGUCCGCCGAGGCCAUGUGGCGCCGCAGAAUACCUUCCUGGGCACCAUCAUCCGCAAAUUCGAAGGGCAAAAUAAAAAAUUCAUCAUUGCUAAUGCUCGAGUGCAGAACUGCGCGAUCAUCUACUGUAACGACGGGUUCUGUGAGAUGACAGGGUUCUCCAGGCCAGAUGUCAUGCAGAAACCAUGCACCUGUGACUUUCUUCAUGGACCAGAGACCAAAAAGCACCACAUUGCCCAGAUUGCCCAGGCAUUGCUGGGGUCUGAGGAGAGGAAAGUGGAAGUCACCUAUUAUCACAAAAAUGGGUCCACCUUCAUUUGCAACACCCACAUCAUCCCAGUCAAGAACCAAGAGGGAGUAGCCAUGAUGUUUAUUAUGAACUUUGAAUCCAUAACGGAUGAGGACAAUGUAGAGUAUCCAGAGAAAUUGAACCAGAUACUGUCGGCCAAAGUCACAAACCGCAGACUUUUUGGGUUCAAGAUCCCCAGGAUGAGUCUUUUGCCCUACAGAAAGCAGUCCUUGCCACAGGAAGAUCCCGAUGCAGUGAUUGUUGAUUCAUCAAAACACAGUGAUGAUUCCAUGGCUAUGAAACACUUCAAGUCUCCAGUAAAAGAGAGCUGUAGCCCUUCUGAAGCAGACGACACCAAAGCACUCAUCCAGCCAAGCACGUGUUCCCCGCCAGUGAAUAUAUCAGGACCCCUUGAUCAUUCCUCCCCCAAACGACAGUGGGAUCGAUUGUACCCAGACAUGCUACAUUCCAGCACAGCGCUAACCCAUGCUCCAUCAAAGGAAAGCCUUUGCAGCAUCCGGAGAGCAUCUUCCGUACACAACAUUGAAGGAUUCACCAUCCACCCAAAUGAUGUCUUUAGGGGCCGGCAUGCUAGUGAAGUUUCACGCUCCUGGAUGGCAGGGGGUCCUUUCAACCAUAUCAAGUCAAGUCUGUUAGGAUCUACGUCAGAUUCAAACCUCAACAAAUACAACACCAUCAACAGGCUCCCCCAGCUCACACUGAACUUUUCUGAUAUCAAAAAUGAAAAAAAAAGCUCAUCACCUCCGUCAUCCGAGAAAACAAUUAUUGCGCCCAAAGUAAAAGACAGAACACACAACGUAACUGAGAAGGUGACACAGGUCCUAUCCUUGGGAGCAGAUGUACUGCCAGAAUACAAACUUCAAACACCUCGCAUCAACAAGUUUACUAUAUUGCACUACAGUCCGUUCAAAGCCGUCUGGGACUGGCUUAUUUUAUUGCUGGUGAUCUACACGGCCAUAUUCACCCCUUACUCUGCAGCCUUCCUUCUCAAUGACAAUGAAGAACAGAAGAGGCGGGUGUGUGGCUAUUCAUGUAACCCACUGAACAUGGUAGACUUAAUUGUAGAUAUUAUGUUUAUCAUUGACAUUCUCAUAAACUUCCGAACAACGUACGUAAACCAGAAUGAAGAAGUGGUAAGUGACCCAGCAAAAAUAGCAAUUCACUACUUCAAAGGCUGGUUCCUAAUUGACAUGGUUGCCGCAAUACCUUUUGACCUGCUGAUUUUUGGAUCUGGCUCAGAUGAGACGACGACGCUCAUUGGCCUCCUGAAGACGGCUCGGCUGCUGCGGUUGGUGAGGGUUGCAAGGAAACUGGACAGAUACUCUGAAUACGGUGCUGCUGUUCUGAUGUUGCUUAUGUGCAUUUUUGCUCUCAUUGCUCACUGGCUCGCUUGCAUUUGGUAUGCGAUUGGGAAUGUUGAAAGGCAUUACCUGACUCCAAAAAUCGGUUGGUUGGAUUCCCUUGGAGAACAGUUGGGGAAACAUUACAAUGUGAGCGAUCUCAGCUCUGGACCAUCCAUCAAAGACAAAUACGUCACCGCACUUUAUUUUACCUUCAGCAGCCUGACCAGCGUCGGAUUUGGAAACGUGUCUCCAAACACCAAUUCAGAGAAAAUAUUUUCGAUUUGUGUCAUGCUGAUUGGCUCCUUAAUGUAUGCAAGCAUUUUUGGAAAUGUGUCUGCAAUAAUCCAGAGACUGUAUUCAGGGACAGCACGAUAUCACAUGCAGAUGCUGCGCGUCAAAGAAUUUAUCCGCUUUCAUCAAAUUCCCAACCCUCUGAGGCAGCGCCUUGAGGAGUAUUUCCAGCACGCCUGGACAUAUACCAAUGGCAUUGACAUGAACAUGGUCCUAAAGGGGUUUCCAGAAUGUUUACAAGCUGAUAUCUGUCUCCACCUCAACCAAACCUUACUUCAAAACUGCAAAGCUUUCCAGGGGGCCAGUAAAGGCUGUCUCCGGGCUUUGGCUAUGAAGUUUAAGACGACCCAUGCACCUCCUGGGGACACACUGGUCCACUGUGGUGACGUCCUGACUGCCCUUUACUUCCUUUCGCGGGGCUCCAUCGAAAUCCUCAAGAACGACAUGGUUGUCGCCAUUCUCGGAAAAAAUGAUAUUUUUGGAGAAAUGGUACAUCUUUACGCAAAACCAGGGAAGUCGAAUGCAGAUGUGAGAGCACUGACCUACUGUGACUUGCAUAAGAUCCAACGGGAAGACUUAUUAGAAGUUUUGGACAUGUACCCUGAAUUUUCAGACCUGUUUCUCACUAAUCUGGAGCUCACAUUCAAUUUGAGACAUGAAACUCCCAAGGCGGACCUCACCAUAAGACCACAACCCACAAACGAGUCAGAUGAGGACAGCCGCAAACUCCGAAGAAGGAAGUUAUCUUUUGAAAGUGAAGUAGAUAAAGCAGAGUAUGACAAAGAGGAGAGAGCUUCAGUGGAUAACAGCAGACUUUAUCAAAACACCAGGAAACAUUUUGAGGAGAAAAGAAGCAGGUCAUCUUCCUUUGUGUCCUCUAUUGAUGAUGAGCAGAAACCCUUGUUCUCUGGGGUAAUAGGCUACCCGUCCGUCCUGGGGAAGACAGCAGUACUGGGUUUUGAGGAGUCGCUACAUGCAACGGAAAGAGUCCAGACUGACAGAAGAAGUCAUUCUUGUAAAGACAUCACAGACAGAAGAUUCUGGCAGGAGGAUUGUAACAGAGGCCACCAAGAGUCAUCCAGUCAGUCAGCAUUACCUCGUGCCAUGUGGGGCACCUCAGAAACAGAAAGUGAGAUCAACUAUGGUGAAGUGGAGCAGAGGCUGGAUUUACUCCAAGACCAACUCAGCAGGCUUGAAUCCCAAAUGACUGCUGACAUUCAAACCAUCCUGCAGCUCCUGCAGAGACAAUCAGCGCUCAUCCCACCUGCCUAUAGUGUGGUGACCGCAGAUACGGAUUACCAGAGGCCAGCUGUCCGGAAAGUGCAAAACCGUCAUCCCACAGCGUCUAUUAAAACGGACAGGAGCUUCAGUCCUUCACAGUGUCCUGAAUUCCUAGACCUUGAAAAAUCAAAACGGAAAUCCAAAGAAUCCCUCUCCAGUGGAAUUCAUCUGAAUACAGCUUCAGAAGACAACCUGGCUUCGUUUUUGGAACAAGAGCAUGACCGGUCUCCAGAGCUACCCACACAACGUAGUAAGACUUACCUCCACCCAAUUCGGCACCCGUCCUUGCCUGAUUCUUCCCUAAGUACUAUAGGUAUCUUGGGUCUCCAUAGGCAUGUUUCUGAUCCUGGUCUUCCUGGAAAAUAACCUUUUUUGUACUCUUACAUCACCUAAAAUGUAAGUGCUUUUAAUGGCUUGAUUGGGUUUAUUUUUUCCUUUUUUUAAUUUAAAUCCUCUAUACUUGACUCAGGGGCUACAAGGAUCUACCAUUAUAUGCAAAAGUACUGUAUAUUUUCCUAACUUUGUAGCUUGUAAGGUAAAGUUAACAGUAACAAUGUAAAUAUAUAAAUAUAUAGAUAUAUAUAUAGAUAUAUAUACAAAUUGUAUGUUACAAAUAUAAAACUGCCAGCAUUGUCAAGGCACCUUAUAUUUUUUAAUUUUUUUAAAGCACUUGCAUGUUUGGAAAUGAUUACAGUUCUGUUGCAUGGAGAUUACUAUUUACUGUUUUUGAUGAAGCCCUACUUCAUGGCAGAUAUAUUUGCCUUCCAAAAAACUGAAUUGAGGGCCCACCCCGUGAUCCAGAAAUUGCUUGUUUUUCUUGAGCAGCUCUGCAGUUCAAGCAAAAUGUUUCUUCCAGUUUACCUGUUGAAAUUGACAGAACUUUCCCUUCUGGCAUUGAGCGUUUUACAGCCACCGAGAGCCAUUCAGCAACUCGGAAAGUGCGGAGUGCCUGAGGUCUCUGAGUUGGAAAUUAUUCAUUGUAAAACGUAAUUAGCAAAGGAGCUUAUUAUUUUGUUGUUGAUGGUGAUGGAGUGAGGAAACAGCUAGAGUAACUAGUCUGCACAGUGGAAUGGCCUGCACCAACCUCACCAAAAUAAUUGAUUGAUUUAUAAAUUUAUUUUCUUUGUUGAAACCUCAUAAUAGCUAUCAGCUGCCAUGCUACAAGGGCAGUUCAAUGUCAAGACCC